AAUGUAAUGCGCAGAGGCCACGCGAACCUAUAAAGGCAAGGCACGAACACAUCCUGGCGGGCACGUGAUACCACCCUGCUUUUUUCAAGUGAUGCGCAUUGAGUGGGUUCGGAACGAGACGCCUCCAACCACAGACCAUAUUUUAGCCGGUGCGUUGGGUCUGAGGCAAGUGUUCGAGGUCUGCCAGGCUGAAACUGCUCAAACACCAAACCUGCCUCAGCCCGACCUUAUCCGAGUCGCUCACCAUUUUCACUUGCUGGAAGAACAUGAAGAUGGUGUAAAUGCGCAUCUCUUUUGUACUGCCCACCCCCAUGGUCUCGUAUGCGAAAGAAUUCAAAAUCAACAAAUUCAUUCAUUCCUGCUUUUGCCUCCGGCACUUAUGUGCGCGCCGGCAUAUGCUGUUCUUCUAAUCUCUAUCGUUCAGUUGGUGUGCGCCGGGCCGUGCGAAAAGAGACGCACAGAAAGAAUAUACAUCGAAGGGCAAUACUCUGAGCUAAACUUCCCAUUCUCUUGACAAAAAGCCAGCCGGUAAAUGCGGGGGGAACUAAGCCACCCGACAAAGAAACGCUACUCUGAACUGUUCGUCGCCUGUUUCCCGAUCGUUCGACUUUUGCGCCUGGCAAAUGCAUGCCGUGAGGUAGACAUCUAAUGCGUUU